AUGGGUAGCGUCUCCGACUCCACUGCCACCGUUUGGCUCUGGAACCAGCAGGUCCCUACGCGGAUCGAAGAAUGCGCCCACGAGCUGAUUCAGCGUCAAAUUCAACUGCGACCUUUGGCAGUUGCUGUGGAUGCGCACGACGGAUCGCUCACCUACGCUGAGCUUGACGAAGCUAGCAAUCGCUUAGCGCAUUACUUGGUCAAACUUGGAAUUAAACCUGAAGAUGUAGUGCCACUUUGCUUUGAAAAGUCUGUAUGGGCAAUUGUUGGUAUCCUCGCGGUGUUGAAAGCUGGCGCGGCCAUGGUUUUCUUGGACCCAUCCCACCCUGAGAGCCGGAGAGAAUACAUCUUUACCGAAGUGGAAGCCAAAGUCAUAGUUUGCUCGACUCAACAAUCACAUCUCUUCGAAUCGAAUUGCCCCCCGACUUUUACACUGAGCAAGGACACCCUACAGACUCUUCCAUUCCAGAAGUCCCCCCCGAAAACCACGGUCAGCCCUGCGAACUUACUCUACAUUAUUUUCACUUCGGGUAGCACCGGAACUCCGAAAGGCUGCCUGAUCGAGCAUUCUUCCUUUUGUAGUGGCUCGAUACGCCAUGCGGAAAGAGCGCGCAUCCUCCCAUCGAGCCGCGUUAUGCAGCUCGCCUCGUACACUUUCGAUGUCAGCAUGCUUGAAAUUCUCACAUCUCUAAUUAGCGGUGCCACCAUCUGCACCCCCAACAUGGCCAUGAUGGCUAACGGCCCAGCCUACAUCAUAAACGAGUACAAGAUUACUUGGACAUUUAUGACCCCUUCUUUAGUAAAGAUGAUGGCGCCUAGUAUGGUCCCAAGCCUAGAAACCCUUGCAUUAGGAGGAGAGCCUCUGUCGAAGAUUGAUGUCGAGACUUGGGCCGACCAUGUCCAACUAGUCAACGGAUACGGGCCCAGCGAGUGCUCGGUGGCAGCAUCUGGGAACACCGAAAUGACAGCAUCCACAGACCCUGCGAACAUCGGGUAUGCGGUCGGAGGCGUUUGCUGGAUUGUUGACGCAGAUGACCACGAUGUUUUGCUCCCACCGAACACCGUCGGUGAACUCCUGAUCGAGGGUCCAAUCCUAGCCCGUGGAUAUCUUAAGAACCAGGAGAAAACUGAUGAAGUAUUCGUUGAGUCUCCAGCCUGGGGUCCGUUGACGAAAUCUGGACACAGAAGGAGGUUAUACAAGACAGGUGAUCUUGCUAAAUUCCUGGAUGACGGGUCUAUCUACUUCAUCGGCCGCAAAGACACGCAAGUGAAAUUGAGGGGCCUCCGCAUCGAAUUAGGAGAAAUCGAGCAUCAUAUCGGAACACACCCCCAAGCCCGGCAUCAUAUGGUCAUACUUCCGAAAUCCGGAUUGUUCCAUAACCGCCUUGUCGCAUUGGUCUCCCUAGUGGAUUAUCUGGUCGAAAGCUCGGAGACCGUCGAAGCAGAAGUCCACACGGUCCAGGAGAUGCACGAAGACCCUAUUCAGCAGCACCUUCAGUCUAUUCAAGAAAAUCUGAAGGCCAACGUUCCUGAAUACAUGGUCCCGGAGACAUGGAUCGUACUAGAGAGGUUUCCAAUGUUGAUCUCCGGAAAGCUGAAUCGUUCCCUUGUCAGCAAAUGGGUCACUGAUGCAGAUAACGACUUAUAUCGGGAGGUCGUUGGUAUUGAACUCGAAGACGUACCCAUCACCGAAGAGUCGGACAGCAUCGAAGAGCAACUCCGUGCCAUCUACUCCACUGUUCUCAACCUUCCUAUCGAAAACAUCAGCCACCAGAAGUCCUUCCUCAGUCUGGGUGGUGACAGUAUCACCGCAAUGCAAGUCAUGUCGCGAUGCAGAACUGCAGGACUUGCUGUCAGCGUAAAGGACAUCUUGAGAAGCAAGUCCAUCACCGAACUGUCGUACUGCGUUAAGUCAGCUGGGGAGAACGCGUAUUCAACAGAAGAAAAGCUCGACGUCGCUUUUGAUUUGUCUCCAGUGCAACGAAUGUAUUUCGAUAUUGCACCUACCGAGAUUGAUGAUGCACGACAGACCCGAUUCAACCAAAGCUUUUAUCUCAAGGUGGAGCGGCCAAUAUCCGAAUUUGAUCUUGCUAAGGCACUCGACUUCAUUGUCGCUCAGCAUUCUAUGCUUCGCGCCCGAUUCGUGCGAGAUGAGAGUGGGAAAUGGAUGCAGACCAUCCUUUCUCAGGUCGCCGGAUCGUUUAGCUUUACGGUGCAUAGACUAGAGUCGGCAAAGGACAAUUCUUCUAUCAUGGCUACCACCCAAACGGAAUUGAACACUCAGUCGGGACCAGUUUUCGCGGUUAAUCUCUUCAACACAUCGGCAGAAGGGCAAUAUCUCUUCCUCGUUGCCCACCACGUUAUGAUCGAUUUGGUGUCAUGGCGGGUCAUACUCCGAGAUUUGGAAGAGAUCCUCACCACGGGCACUCUGAAUGCAGAAAAACCCUUGCCCUUUCAAAAUUGGCUUGCACUUCAAUCAGAGCACGAAUCCCAGGUGGGCGAUAUUUCUGAUGUGCUACCUUUUGAUAUCCCUUCUCCUGAUUUCGAUUAUUGGGGAAUGUCGCAUAAAUCAAACCGUAUAUCCGACACCCAGGAGCAGACCUUUACUCUCGAUUCUGCAACUACCAAAGAGCUCCUCGAGGGCGCUUGCCACUCCGCUUUCAACACCGAACCUAUUGAUCUCCUCUUGGCUUCACUGAUCUACGCCUUCAAGAAUACGUUUACAGAUCGAGCCGUUCCUGCAAUAUUCAGAGAAGGUCACGGCAGGGAACCCUUCGACGAAAACAUCGACAUAUCUGGAACGGUAGGUUGGUUCACAACUAUGUAUCCUCUCUACGUCGAUAUGGUCGACAGUUUUGGAAUCCUUGACGUGGUGAAGCGUGCCAAAGAUGUCCGACACAGCGUACCGGGAAAUGGACGCCCUUAUUUUGCAUCGCGCUACCUCAACGAAGCCGGUAUCGCGAAAUUCAAAGACCACGACCACGUCGAACUAUCAUUCGAUUAUCUAGGCCUUUACCAUCAACUAGAGCGAUCUGACGCGCUUUUGACUCAAGUUCCCGGUUACCAGGCAAUCUUUCAAGAUGUUGGGAAGGAAACCCCCCGUUUCGCACUUGUCGAAAUCACGGCUGAGGUCAUUCAAGGGCAGAUGCAACUGUUGUUUGUAUUCAACAAGAAUAUGAAGAACCAGGGCUUGCUAGAAGCUUGGGUGCAGGCUACCAAGGCAUAUCUCGUGGACUCUCUGUCCCAAUUGCAGAACCGCCAACACGAACUUACACUGGCGGACUUUCCCCUAUUGGGGCUUUCAUACAACGACCUGGACAACCUAGUUCAUUCGAAACUGCCAGAAAUCGGCAUCUCGGAUCUUGCACGAGUUGAAAGCAUCUAUCCAAGCUCUCCGAUGCAACACGGCCUACUGAUUUCUCAGGUCAGGUCCGAGGCGCAAGGCUGCUACGAAUACAACCACACCCUCAAGGUGGAGACCAGGAAUCCUUCCGAUAAACUGGAUGUUGAAAAGCUAAAGUUGGCAUGGGCAAAAGUGGUCCAACGCCAUAGCUCUCUACGGACCGUUUUCGUGGAGAGUGCCAGCCGAGCAGGCCUUUAUGACCAGGUCGCGCUUAAGAAAAUCAGCCCAGAGAUCCCCGUCCACGAAUGCCAGCAAGAUGAGGUUGAGGCAAUCUUCGAAUCACAACAGCAACUCGUAUUUCAGAUUGGACAAUCACUCCAUCGAUUUACCAUCUGUCAUAUCUCGACUAAUACUGCCAUUUGCAAACUAGAGAUAAAUCAUGCAAUUAUCGACGGAUCCUCGAUUGCAAAUCUCAUGGGGGAUUUUAUCCUUGCGUACGACGGAAUAAUUAGCAAUCGAAACGGCUUCGCCUUCGAAGACUAUAUCACGCAUGUUCGAAGCCGCCCCAUGAGCUUGGCCAUUGACUUCUGGAGCGAGUACCUUUCAGAGGUCACCCCUUGCUUCUUCCCCCUACUUGCUGGACUGGAGGACGCCAGCGAUCCACAAAAAAAGCUAGAGACUAUCAACAUUGACGUUGGAAUGACAGCUGGGGACUUGACCGAGUACUGUGGGAGCAAAAAUGUUACACUGGUAAAUGUUUUCCAGCUCGCAUGGGGUCUGCUCCUACGAAAGUACAUUGGCUCAGAUGAUGUUUGCUUUGGAUACCUUUCGUCUGGGCGAGACGCACCCUUAGAUGGCAUUGAAGAAGGAGUGGGUGCUUUUAUCACCAUGCUAGUUUCUCGCAUGGAACUUAACGAUUCUGUGUCUCUGUCGGCCGCUCUUGACAAAGUCGCCGACGAUUUGACCCGCGCUCUGCCGAAUCAGCAUUGUGGCCUAGCAGAAAUUCAUCAUGCGUUGAAAAUGGGUAGCCAGCCACUGUUCAACACUAUCAUUUCGUUCCACAGGGAAACCGACCAUGAGACAUUGACAGAUUCCAGUAUCAAGGUGGAAGCAAUUGAAGGAUAUGAUCCGACUGAGUACGCGCUCGCUCUCGAUGUUGGUGUCACGGAGAGCAAAGUCAAUGUCACAUUGCAAUACUGGACUAAUGAUUUCACUCGAUCUCAAGUCACGAAUAUCGGUGCUACACUUGCCAGAGCUCUCGAGUCAACCGUCCAGGAGGCAGAUAAGACAGUCGGAGAAUGUGAUCUCGUCAGCGAGGAGCAUUUGCGCCAACUCCAAACAUUCACAGAUGUAUAUCCCGAAGCAACAAUGGAAUGCAUUCACGAUGCGAUAAAAGUCCAGGUUCUUGCACACCCCGAUGCUGAAGCCAUAUGCUCUUAUGAAGGGAGCUGGACCUACAAAGAGCUUGAUGAACAAUCUACUCGACUUGCGCACCACCUCAUCACUCUUAGAGUGGGCCCGGAAGUCACCGUUCCAUAUUGCUUCCAAAAGUCAGCAUUGACCAUCAUUUCGAUGCUCGCAAUCUUGAAAGCAGGCGGUGCGGCAGUUGCUCUCGAUCCAGGACAUCCGGUUAAUCGACUCGAAGGACUCAUCGAGCAGACAGGCUCGAGGGUCAUCUUGGCCGCACCUGCUAAUGUUCAUAUCUUCAAAGACACCCCACAUGUUGACCACGUUUUGGGGAUUGAUGUGAACUUCAUCAACGGCCUGGCGCAACUGCCGGGGAGCCCCUGCUCAAACGUACAGCCUUCGAAUGCAGCCUUUGUGGUUUUCACGUCCGGAACAACGGGGAAGCCCAAGGGCAUCGUUCUGGAGCAUUACAAUCUACGGACCUGUGCCGUUGCAAUGGGGCCAGUCCUUGGAUUCAGCUCAGAGACUCGCGCCCUCCAGUUUGCCGCGUACACGUUUGAUGUCUCUCUGCAGGAUAUCUUUACAACUCUUCAAUUUGGUGGUACUGUUUGCGUAAUCUCUGACGAUGAGCGCUAUAACGACCUCGCUGGUGGUAUCAACUCUCGAAGGGCUAAUUGGGCUGAUUUGACUGCUACCGUAAGCGGCAUGCUCCGGCCAUCCGACGUACCAAUUAUGAAACGGCUUAAUAACGGCGGCGAGCCUCUGAAUCGCGACGUCGUUGAGACCUGGGCGGAUGAGGUCGAGCUGUACAACCUUUAUGGGCCGGCAGAGACUACAGUCAACCAAACGGCUAGUAAGCGACUCUCAAGGAAUUCUGCAGCUACUAAUAUUGGCCCUGCUUAUGGAACUCAUGUUUGGAUUGUCAACGAAGCAGAUCCAAAUCGUCUUGUUCCAAUUGGCUGCACUGGUGAGAUCCUUAUCGAAGGACCGUUACUAGCAAGAGGGUAUCUGAAGGACCCUGUCAAAACCGCCGCUGCUUUCAUCGAAAAUCCGGAUUGGGUCCACCUUUUCCCAAGCUCUAGAACCAUCCGUCGUUUCUACAAAAGCGGAGAUCUCGGCUUACUCAAUACUGAUGGGAGUAUCACUAUUGUUGGCCGACGUGAUACGCAGGUCAAGAUCAAUGGACAGCGAGUUGAGCUGGACGAGAUCAUGCAUCAGGCCCAACAGCUUUUACCAGAUGGGUAUCAAACUGUCAUUGACGCGAUCUCCAUUGAACAGCACACCAAGAGCAAGACUGUCAUUGCCUACGUCUGCUCUCCAGAGUUCUCCAACCUUGGACAGGGCAAAGAUCAAGCAAGCCUAGAAAUCACUGGUGAUUUACGAGAGCUACUCAAGAGCUUGCAAGGGUCGUUGGCGAAAGUGUUACCGUUCUAUAUGAUACCUUCGCUCUUCGUGCCUAUUUUCAAGAUUCCCUCCACUCAAUCAGGUAAGAUGGACCGCACGACGCUGAGACAGAUGGUAUCUGGCUUCACGAAAGCCCAAAUGUCCCAUUACAUGCUCCGAGAUACCUCAAAAUCUCAACCGAGGACUGAGAUGGAACGACUAUUCCAGAGCCUGUUCAGUGAAACUCUCAGCAUCGAGGCUGAAACGAUCAGCAGGGACGACAACUUCUUUGGCCUGGGAGGCGACAGUGUUGGAGCAAUGAAGAUGGUGGCAGCAGCACGGAAGCACAAUACCACCAUUCGUGUGUCAGAUAUAUUCAAGCAUCCAAACCUUGACGACAUGGCUACUGUAGCUAGGACGACCGACGGCCAAAAGGCAACCGAACAGAUUGAACCUUUCAGCUUGAUUGCCCUCAACGGUUCCCCGCUCGGCAAAGUCAUUCUAGACGUAGCAGCACAAUCCAAUCUUCUAGUCGGAGAUAUUGAAGAUAUUUACCCAACUUCCGCGCUCCAGGAAGGCCUGAUGGCAUUAGGAAUGAGGAAGACCGGGGCAUACAUUGCGCAAAAGGUCUUCAGACUUCCUUCCCACGAUUUCGAUCUGUCGCGCUUCUAUGCCGCUUGGACCACCGUGGUUGAGCAAGAAGCCAUUCUACGAAGUCGUAUCGUCCACUUGCCAAAGAAUGGAAGCCUUCAAGUCGUCCACAGACAGCCACUUGCGUGGCGAGAAGCAGACGAUCUGGAGGCUUACCUUACCAAAGACAAGCUUUCUCCUUUCCAAUACGGGGAUGCUCUAAUGCGAGUGGCCAUCGUCGAGGAGUCCAAGUCUGCCGUUCAUUUCGUCUGGACAGCUCAUCAUGCGAUCUAUGAUGGAUGGACCAUCUCUUUACUCUUUGAGAAAGUCACCCAAGCCUAUCAAGGAGAACGUAUAGCUGAGUCGACACCGUUCAAAACCUUCAUUGGCCGCCUCGGCGAGGUGUCUGAUGCAGCUAACCUAAAGUUCUGGAAAGAUGAGUUCAAAUCGCAAGGAAGCUUCCCCACCAGCUUUCCUAUCGUUGGGCUCGGAUAUGCUGCAGGUUCAAAGAAAACCAUUACCCUGCAUGCUACAGCACCGGCCAUCAAUUCCAACAUUCUGCCUUCCACAAUCAAACGAGCUGCAUGGGCGAUGACACUCGCAACUUACGCAGAUUCAGAGUCCAUCGCUUUUGCUUCAACUGUCUCCGGCCGCAAUGUCCCGAUUUCUGGAAUUGACACGAUUAUGGGGCCAACCAUUACCACCGUUCCGGUGAAGGUGUCAGUGCCAAAAUCAGGUAUAACUACCGGCCAGUUCUUGAAUGCCGUUCAAACUCAAUCUAUCAAUUCAAUGGACUACGAACAUUUCGGACUGCAAAAGAUUCGCGAAGUCAGCCCCGAGGCUCGCGCUGCCGUUGACAAUAUCACGAAUCUUCUCGUAUUGCAGCCGGUUGGCGAAGAUAACGAUUCUUUUCUCGGCAUGGACCCUCUCCCAAGGCCGGAAGAAAACUUUGACAUGUAUCCGCUUGUGGUUCUUUGCAAUUUGGGCAGCAAUGGAGACUUCUCCGUCGAAGCAAUGUAUGACGUAGAUGUUAUUCCUACAGAUCAGAUGACACGAAUGCUCCAUCAAUUUGAGCAUUUCGUGCAGGAGCUCUCCGGAGAUUCUCAGAAGCCCGUCGAAGAGAUUGAGCUACUGAACCCACAUGACCUCAAGGCCAUUACCACAUGGAACGCCGAGCUUCCCGAGAGCAUCGAUGCUCGGAUUCCAGACCUGGUACUCAAGAAUGUUGAAGCCAGACCCAAUGCCGAGGCGAUAUCCGCAUGGGAUGGCACCGCAACCUACAAGCAGCUUGACGUCUUGUCUGCGAAACUCGCAAGCUAUCUGAUCUCUAUUGGCGUUGGUCCAGAAGUCAAAGUAGGGCUUUGCUUCGACAAGUCCAUGUGGAAUAUAAUCUCCAUGUUCGCAGUCAUGAGGCUCGGCGGUGUCUGCGUGCAGCUCCUGCCCAGUUACCCAAUGCCGAGAAUGCUCAACAUCCUUGACGAUAUCGAGGCUUCAGUGGUGCUUGUAUCUCCUCAAUAUGCUGGUCUCUUCGAUGGCAUCGUUCCAAAUGUCCUGUCCAUCGAGACCUCUUUUGUCGAUUCUCUAACCCAGAAAGACUUCAAAACUCCCCAGUACGGACCCGAAAAUGCCGCAUUCAUUGUCUUUACUUCGGGCAGUACGGGAAAGCCCAAGGGCGUCAUCAUCGAGCAUCGCGGAUUUACUACAAUGGCCCACUAUCAGCUUCCUCAGAUUCUUCUCAACCAGAACUCCCGCGUCCUUCAAUUUGCAACCCACACAUUCGAUAUUUGUUUGUUCGAGAGCUUUGCACCUCUAGUGACUGGUGCAUGCGUCUGUGUCCCAUCUGAGUAUGACCGACUGAACAACCUGGUCGGCGCCAUCAACGGUCUGAGAGUGGAUUGGAUCAUCAUGGUGUCAACGGUUGCAGAUACCUUCCAUCCGGACGAAGUACCAGGGCUCAAAUCAAUGGUCCUCGGAGGCGAACCGCUUCGUGCUGAUAUCCAUGACCGAUGGGCUAAUCGAGUCUCCCUUUUCAACGACUACGGCCCAGCAGAGUGCUCUAUCCUGGCGGUGAUGACUAGAUCGUUGCCUGAUACUCCUCCAUCGAUGAUAGGGAAGGGUCAGGGGUGCAGGACUUGGGUCACCGACAAGGCAGACUCUAACCGCCUACUUCCCAUCGGCUGUAUCGGCGAGUUGCUCGUUGAGGGUCCUCUUCUUGCGAGGGGCUAUCUCAAGAAUCCAGAUAAGACGGCGGAAUCCUACAUCGCUGCUCCUGCAUGGGCGUCCUCUAUUGAGCCUCCGCCUACGAGACUGUACAAAACUGGAGAUCUAGUCCGGUACACGAAGGAUGGCAACAUGACCUGCUUAGGUCGCAAGGAUACACAGAUCAAAAUCCGCGGCCUUCGUGUUGAGCUAGGGGAAAUCGAACACCAUAUCAAGAUGAGCUCGUUUGGAGCCCAACACCUUGCUGUUGAGAAGAUUCUUCUUGGUGGAGACAUCGAAAAGGCGGCUCUGGCUGCGUUUCUCGUGCCUUCGGCCGAGGAGAUUGGAGACAGCCAAAACGAAAUUCUUCCCUUAUCCGACGCACUAAACACCAAGUUCUUGCAGCUAAGAGAUCAUGUUGGACAGUCCCUGCAGACUUACAUGGUCCCAUCUCUGUUUAUACCACUCCAGAGAAUGCCGGAGACACAGACCGGGAAAAUUGACCGCAAUGCAUUGAAGAGAAUCGGAGCCGGCUUGACACCAAGCCAAGUUGAGGCUUACUCUCUUGCAGAUGCUGAAGACUCAGCUCCACGACGCGCCCCGUCAACGGCCAUCGAGAUGAUACUCCAGUCGAUCUGGGCACAGCUACUGAAUAUUGACCCUGUAUCUAUCGGCGCCGACGACAGCUUUUUCAAGAAGGGCGGCGACAGUAUCAAAGCAAUGAGGCUAACUUCCAUGGCGAGAUCGGAAGGCUACAAGCUGAUUGUCGCGGAUAUCUUCAAGAACCCAGUGUUGGCUGAUAUGGCGAUGACAGUAGUUCCCGAGGAUGUCUCUGCGAUCCAAUCCAUAGUGCCGCCAUUCAAGCUCGCUUCAGGAGAUAUUGGUAACCUGAUUCAGGAAUCAUCCGCUCAAUGUGGAGUCGACAAGAGCGCUAUCGAGGAUAUAUAUCCAUGCACGCCUCUGCAAGCCGGCCUGAUGGAGCUUGCUACGCAACAAGGGACCGCUUACACAGCUCAAAGAGUCUUCCGUUUCCCCACCGAUAUUGAUAUCACUCGCUUCAAGACGGCUUGGACCCAGCUUGUCGCCCUCAAUCCGAUCCUGAGAACCCGAAUCGUUCUAUCAAAGACUGGGGCAAUGCAAGUCGUUGUCAAAGAAGGUGUUUCGUGGCAGCACGAGACCUCUCUCUCCAAGUAUACCGCAAGCGACAAGCUAGUUGAGAUCCACUACGGCAGCCCCCUUGCUCGGUAUGCUCUUGAUCUCGAACAUAGGCACUUCAUCUGGACUGUGCACCACGCCCUAUACGACGGGCACAGCGCCAACCUCGUCAUGGAACAGUUAGAAGCUCUCUACGAAGGGUCUCAGGUCGCACCUGCAGCGGGCUAUAACCAGUUCAUCAAGCUGAUCGAAGAUGUUGAUCCAACAGCCUCCAAUACUUUCUGGAGUCAACAGCUGAGUCAGGGCGCGCCCCAGAGCUUUCCUGCUCUUCCUUCGGCCACCUACCAACCAUCGCCUGAUCGCGAAGUCACAAAAUCCAUCGACAUCGUAUCGAGCGGAAACGACUUCAUGCUCUCAACGAUUCUUCGAGCCGCUUGGGCCAUUGUUACAGGUCGAUACAUGGGCUCUGACGGGGUCGCAUUCGCUGCCACUUUGUCUGGACGCAACGCCCCCAUCCCAGGCAUUGAGACCAUCGUCGGCCCAACUAUCACUACUGUGCCUAUUCAAAUUCAGAUGAACCAGACAUCCACUGUCACACAGUUCUUGAGCAGAUUGCAGCAACAACAAGCCGAUAUGAUUCCUUUCGAGCACGCAGGCCUCCAAAAUAUCUACGCUAUGGCAGGAGACAGGCAAAAUCUUAAGAAUCUCUUCGUCAUCCAGCAGCCGCUCGCGAAUCUUCAGGACAAGCGCCAAGGCAAUCUUCUCGAUGAAGUCCUCGACAAGGAUCUUCUUCUCGGCUUCCAUACCUAUGCCGUUGUUGUGGAGUGUAUGAUCAUGAGCGAAAAUAAAGUCGAUGUGGAGCUCCAGUUCGAUCAAAAAGCUUUGCCGGAAGCAUCGGCUCGAAAGGUUCUCGACCAAUUUGAACAUGUCGUUCAGCAACUGACCAAGGCACCUUCAUCCACUCCCCUUCGAGAUAUUGAGCUAGUCACGCCAGCGCACUUCCAGCAAAUGAUUGAAUGGAACAAUAUGGUUGACGUCCAGAACGUAGAGAACUGUGUUCAUAACAUCUUCCGCGAGCAAGUCAAACUCAGGCCAGAUGCGGAAGCGGUAUUAUCGUGGGAUGGCUCCCUUACUUACCAGCAGCUGGAUCAGCUAUCUGAGAAGCUGGCCGCUUACUUGGUUGAGAGAGGUGUCAAACCAGAAUACCUCGUGCCCAUGUGCUUCGACAAAUCUCUUUACGCAGUGGUCUCUAUGAUGGCAGUGCUCAAAGCUGGAGGCGCUUGCGUCCAUCUUGGGAGAACUCAGCCAAUCGCGCGCAUGAUCCAGAUCAUCCAGGAAACCGGUGCCAGCAUUGUUCUCACGGAUAGACUCCAUGCGGACCAGUUUGUGGGCAUUUCAGACACCAUUGUAAUUGAGGAAGAACUAUUCGCUACCCUCUCCUCGAGUGCGCAACUUCCUCAAGUUUCUUCAUCAAAUCCGGCGUUUGUCCUAUUCACUUCUGGUUCUACCGGAAAGCCAAAAGGUAUCGUGGUUGAGCACGGCUCGCUCUGUACCUCCUCCAAGGCACACGGCACGAACAGAAAAGUCGGCCCUCAUACCCGACUCCUUCAAUUUGCCGCCUAUACUUUCGAUGUGGCUACUGCAGAUGUAUUCACGACUCUCCAGCGUGGAGGCUGCAUCUGCAUACCCUCGGAAGAGGAGCGUGUUAACGACUUGCCUGGCGCCAUCAACCGGAUGAAGGCUAAUUAUGGGUUCUUGACUCCAACUGUCGCUGGCAUGCUGGAUCCACAGAGUGUUCCAACCCUGAAAACCCUCAUCUUGGGUGAGUGUAGCAUCCACUGCAUGGACGCGGUUCCGUUGACGUUGGAGAGCGAUCCCGCGAAUCUCGGCCGCCCAUCUGGAUGUCAUAUGUGGAUCGUCGACGCUGAGGACCACAACAAGCUUGCGCCCAUCGGGUCCGUUGGGGAAUUGAUGAUCGAAGGUAGAAUGGUCUCUCGCGGCUACCUCAACGACAAAGAAAAAACAGAUGCAGCCUUCAUCAUAAGCCCAACUUGGGCGCAAGGCAGCGGCCGUAUGUACAAGACGGGCGACCUCGUCAAGUACAGCGCCGAAGGCGAGAUUUGCUAUGUCAGUCGAAAGGAUUUCCAGGUCAAGCAUCAUGGCCAAAGGAUUGAACUCAGCGAGAUUGAGCACCACCUUGUCGCCGAUACCCGCGUGAAGCACGCCGUGUCACUGCUGCCGAAAGCAGGCUAUCUCAAGAAGAAGCUCAUCACUGUCCUAUCACUCGAGUCGCUGGCUUUGCCGCUCAAUGCAGACUCUCAGCUUGCGUUGAUUGCCGGGUUAGAUAAAGGCAUGGCGGAAAUACAGGUUACUUCCGUUCGCAACAAUCUGGCAACAAUCGUACCGGAGUACAUGGUUCCAGCCUUAUGGAUCGUUGUGCGCGCACUCCCCUUGACGUCGAAUGGAAAAAUGGAUAGAGUCACCAUCCUUAAAUGGAUUGAAGAGAUGGAAGAGCAUGUUUACGAAUUGAUAGCUGGUGGAGACGAUGACGAGGAUGAUUGGGCUACUGCGGCCACCGUACAACAGAAGCGACUACAAGAGAUCUUAGUCGAGGUUCUUGGCUUGCCCGGAAUCAACAUGAACCGGUCAUUCCUGGAUCUAGGCGGCGACAGCAUUACUGCUAUGCAACUCCGCGCGAAGGGACAAGCGCAGGGUAUUUCCCUGAGUGUGAGGGAUAUCAUCACUUGCGAAAGCAUUUCUCAUCUCGCUAUGCAAGCAAAGUUCUUUGAAGAAGGUGUCAACGGGGUUGAAGAGGUGGUUGGGAAGCCGUUCCCAUUGACUAACUGGCAGCAAUUGUGCGUUCAAUCUACCACUGUGCAAGCUCAGACAAUCGUACUGCGACUAGCAGAAUCCACUACGGUACCAAAGCUUGUCCGAGCCAUCGAGGCGCUUAUCCAGCAACAUUCUAUGCUUCGGGCACGACUUACGCGAAAUGCCGAAGGAAGCUGGAGACAAAUUAUCACCAAAGAACUCACCGGGUCCUACGCUUUCGAAGCGCACACUUUGUCCACGAAGGCAGAGCUUGACUCUUUCUUACCAAAAAUGGAAGAAAUCCUAGACAUCGAAACCGGGCCUCUCUUCACAGUCCAUCUUUUCGACGUAGUAGAAACAGCCGAGGAGCAGCAGCUGAUCGCAAUCACGAUCCAUCGUUCAAUUGCAGAUUUGACUUCAGUGAACAUCGUUGUAGAGGAUCUCCAAGAGCUAUUGCAGGGUGGCAUGAUUUCUUCUAAGAAGGCGGCCCCAUUCCAAUCGUGGCUCAAUGAAGAAGAGGUCGUCAAUGGAGAAGGGAUCAAAUUCAACAUAUCCGCAUGGGGUAUCUCAGAUCCAGACGAACUCAAGGCAAAGACGGUUGAGAAGUCGCUUGCCCUUUCAACCGACACAUCUUCGCUGCUAUUGGGCAUCAGCAAUGGCGCGCUUUCUACACAACCUUCGGACAUCAUCAUUGCUUCUCUCGCUCAAGCCUUAGCUGCAAGCAAUCUACCCACAACCGUUUCAAUCAAAGAGGAUGGCCGGAACUCCAGGACUGUGGGACAAUUCAAUCGCAUCCGUCAGUUCGACGAAAGUGGUAGCCAGGACUUGAUCCAGCUCCUCAGCAAAGUCAAGGAUUCUCGCGUCCAGAAUGAGGCCAAUCUAACCCUGAUGAAAUCACCACCAACCUUCACGGGAGUUCUCUUCGAAUAUGUGGACGAAACCACCCUUGGUCACGGCAACGAAAUUGCCCUAGAUUCCAUCAAAGCCUCCCAACAGGAGCCUCAGGGGCCUUCUGCGGUCCUCGACGUCUCCGCAACAGUCUUCCAUGGCAGCAUCACCAUUAAGAUACUGGUGCACAGUGUCCGCCUCGCCAUUCAAGAGUCAAUCUAUGGCCUUGUCGAUAAUCUCGCAUUUUCCAUACCGGUCUUUGCGGAGAAGCUGGCUACGAUCCCUAGCAUGGCCACGUUGACCGACUACCCUCUGCUCAAGAUGACGUACGACCACCUCGCUGAGUUCGAAAACGCAAUCCGCCAUGUCGGUCUAUCCUUCGAUCAUAUCGAAGAUAUCGUGCCUUGCACACCACUCCAGACCCGAAUGCUAGCCAGUCAGCAACGAACGCCAGGGACGUACCAGUCCAAUACCGCCCAUAUCGUCUCCGCCCCUGGUGAUAGCGAAGUCGACAAUGCGAAGCUUGGCUUGGCCUGGGAGAAGAUAGUAGCGCGCCACGAAGCCCUUCGCACUGUGUUCAUUCCGUCUGUGAUCCGAUCGGGCGAAUAUGACCAGGUCGUCCUCAAAGACUACAAGGCUACUAUUAGCAUUCUCACCGAGUGCAAUAAAUCCGAAAUCCUCGAAAUCGUUCAGACACACACCUCACUCACUCGCGCCUCCAACCCGCAAGCCGCAUUCACGGUAUUCAAGUGUAAGCCUGGAGAAGAUGUCUACUGCAAACUCGAGAUCAGCCACGCGCUUCAAGACGGCAUGUCGACACGGAAAAUCUAUCAGGACCUCGUCCUCGCGUAUCAGGACCUCCUGGCGGCGGGCCCGGCUCCCAGCUUCCGCCGGUACGUUGAAUGGAUUGAGAAACAGGACUUGGCGUCCUCGAUCAACUUCUGGACAAGAUACUUGGGAGAGAGCAAGGCAUGCCAUAUGCCUCGCCUCGGACACGCAACCGAACAGGCCAAGGGCGAGCACCAACUCAUCGGAUUCCCGGAACUGGGUGUCUCGGCCGCCGACAUUACGAACAUGUGCAGAGCGAACAACCUCACCCCUGCUACACUCUUCCAAGCGGCGUGGGUCCUUGUCCUGCGCCACUUUACCAAGCAGCAGGAUGUUCUAUUCGGCUACAUCACGGCAGGGCGAGAUAUCGACAUCCCUGGCAUCGAAGACAUCGUCGGCCCAAUGAUCAACAUGCUCGCAUGCGGCAUGCACGUCGAUAGCAACAUGACGAGUGGAAAGUUGCUGAAGGCGACGCACGAGAGCUGGCUGCAGACGCUGGAGCACCAGCACGGGUUGGUCGCUGCGGCUGCGGCGGUAGAGAAGAGAGAUGGACGGCUACCGUGGAACUCGGUCUUGAGCUUCGAGUAUUCUGGGUCUGACGAUACCGGCGCGGAUGCGUACUUCCCCACUAGCGACGGCAUUGCUGGGUCGUCGCCGCUGAACUUCGAGACUGUCUACGGCACCAGAGCGCCUGAGUUUGAUGUUGUGCUCGGUGUCUUGCUGGGUGAGAGGAGUGUGGAGGUGCAAUUGGGGUAUUGGGAUGGGGUGAUUGAGAAGGCGGUCAUGGAUGAGGUGCUGGUCAUGUACAAGAGGGUUUUGGAGGAGUGGGUUCGAGAUGGGGAUCUCGGGGAUCGCAUUGGGGAGAUGAAGAUUGCGGUGUAGAGCCAUGGAAAUUGGACUACCGUUUGACCGACCGAAGAAGUGCUAGCCGGGGUACUCCUUACAGUGGUACCCGGUGAGCAAGAGGGAAGCCCGACGAGUGAGAUGUCCGUGUGCACAAAGUUAUGGCCUAGUACCGUACUGUUUUUUUUUUGGUUUCGUUUUCAUGCUUGUUGAUUUUGGA